AUGAUGCAGACUGUCCCUGGACCUUCUACACCUACCACCCCCAGACCUUCUACACCUGCCGCCCCCAGACCUUCUACACCCACCGUCCCCAGACAUUCUACAUCUGUCGCCCCUGGACCUUCUACAUCUACUGCCCCCAGACCUUCUACACCUACUGUACCCAAACCUUCUACAUCUACUACCCCUGGACCUUCUACAUCUACUGCCCCUGGACCUUCUACACCUACCGUCCCCAGACCUUCUACAUCUGCCACCCUCGGACCUUCUACACCUACUGUCCCAAACCUUCUACAUCUACUACCCCCCGGACCUUCUACUCCUACCAUCCCCAGACCUUCUACAUCUGCCACCCUUGGACCUUCAACAUCCACUGUCCCCAGACCUUCUACACCUACCGUUCCCAGACCUUCUGCAUCUACUGCCCCCCUGACCUCCUACACCUACCAUCCCCGAACCUUCUACAUCUACUACCCCCGGACCUUCUACAUCUACCCCUCUCGGACCUUCUACAACUAA